AUGCAAACCGCACAACCUCUCCCGCAGCCAUUUGUAGCUGUGCGCGUGGAAUUGUUUAAGGCUGCAAGCAUGUCUCAUCACCAGUUCUGCUUCCAACAGGUCGGUGGUCGUUGCAAACUCCUGGGCGCUGGAGAAAUCGUGCCAGGAAUCGCGCCAGCCACCCCUGAACAGAUCCGGGCCUCGCAGCAACGGCGGGCGGAGCAACGGCGGGGACUCAAGGAGCAGUGUACGGCAGGUGGUCGUUGCGAACUCCUGGGUGAUGGAGACGUCGUGCCAGGAAUCAUGCCAACCAACUCUGGACAGAUCCGGGCCUCGCAGCAACGGCGGGCGGAGCAACGGCGGGCACUCAAGGAGCAGAGAAGCAAAGCACGCCGGGAACUGGACUGGAAGGCGGUCAAAGAAUUUCUUGACUUGCACCAGUUCAGCGACGUGAAUGCUGUGAAGGUCUCCCGGUUUGGGCUUAAACGCUCCUAUCCAAUGAAAGUGGCCCUGCGGCAAGGAGACAUGAGAAUGAUGCAGCUACUCUCCAAGUUUGGCGCCACCUGUGCCGUCGCUGGCAGCGAAGCUUCGCUAGUGUCCGGUGCUGGUGGUGCUUAG